AUGGGAAUUUUGCAUACUAGUUGUGUAAGAGAGUGUACGAAUAGAGAUUAAAAUUCUAAUUAAGAAUUGCAGGUGAUUUAGAAUUAAUAGAUUUAAAAAAUAUAACAUCAUUUGUUAAAUGAAUAUGAGACAUCAAAGACAACAUUAAAAGGAACAAGUUAGUUAAGUGAUUCAGAAAAAUUUAUGGAAAUAAAGGAAGAGGAUUAAUCUAGUAAUUUUAAAAUAAAUCCAGUACCAGCAUUUGUUUUAAAUAAAUAAUUGCAUUAAUUUAUAGUUCCAAAAAGAGAAAACCGAUUUAUUUAAGAUAUUGAAUAUGAAGUCAAAUAAAAAAUUAAAGAAAUGUACUUAUUCCUUAAAAAGUGUAGAUAAAAUAAGGAAAAAUGUUAAGCUUUAUAAUUAAAGUAUUCCAAAAUAAAUGAUUAAUAAUAACCAUAAAAAUUUGAUAAGUGUUCCUCCAAUGUUCUAAAUUAUAGUAAUAAAUAACAUGUAUUUUUAUUAAUAAUAAUGUUAGGAUUCAUUAAAAAAUGAAUAUAAAAUAGAAAAUCAUGCAUAAAAUGAAUCUAAAAGUAAUUUGAAUUAUCUUUAGAGUUCAAGUUUAGUGAUUGAAAAAUUAUAAAGCACAUAAUUAGAAUGUAUUAGUGCACCGAAUAAGGAGAUAAGAGGAAUAUUAAAAAGUGAUUCACUUAAAAAAUAAAGUAAUUCUGUUGAUGUAAAAUCUGUUAAUUCAAAUAAAAGGGUUCAUUUCUCUGAGGAUAUAAAAAUUGAUUCAGAAGAUUUAUUAUAUAAAUUUAAGUGGAGAAAUUUUAGAAUAGCAUGA